CAGUGCAGCUUCGGAAACAACCAUGAGUUUGUUAUGAAGGUCAAGGUGGCUAACAGGGACGUCGUCAGAAAGGAGGUAGGGGCCAAGGGGGGGCAGAGGCACGGCAUUUUACGAAAAAAAUUAAUGGCCACUGGCGCAGUGUUGUUUGUUCUGUAGGUUUUACCCUAAUGCACUCUCGCUAUGGGGACUGCAUCCAGGGGUCGAACGGUGUUAAGAUCCGUUGUCUGUUUACACGUGGCUGAGAAAGUUGGUGAGAAGUUUGUGCGACAUAAGUAGGGAAGGUGAUUUCACGGCGGGAGUUUGGUGAGAGAUUUGGAAAUCUGCGUGUUAGGGUUUGGUCGAGGAGAGGGAAGAUGAAUGUGAUUGCUGGAUGAGUGGGCUUGAGGAGGAAAGUGGCGAGUUGGUUGUCGAAAGACUGGAAGACUAGGAUUAGGAGAAGUUUGGAGGCUCCAUGGAAUUUGAUGAUAAGAGGCAUCGUUGGUGUGAAAUCGACGGCACUCACAAACUAUUACUGAGAAUGCGACGUCAGAACGCUAUUCGCUGUUUUUGGGGAAAGUUUUCCUCUCUUCGUCUAUCUCUAAUUUCGUAACUGCGGUGGGGAACUCACGUGCUGCUGUCCGACUGGCCUGCGUGGAAGUGGGUGCAUUCCGAGAUGUCUCUGCUUGAACCUACUUCGUGUGAUAUGAAAGAUGCGGAAGAGCUCCUCCACGCAGUUACUCUACGCAUGAGCGGAGGAGACCCUUUGGAUUCAUACCUGGACUACUUCAAGGCUCAAGGACAGUCGCAAUGUACAAACGUAUGGUCCAAAGGAAUAAUCGCCUACCGGUGCCGCACCUGUCAAACAAACGAUUCUAGUGCAAUAUGUGUCGUGUGUUUCAAGAAGGGAAACCAUUGGGAUCACGAUUACGUUAUGUAUCAUAGUGAAUCUGGUGGAUGUUGUGACUGUGGAGACCGGGCUGCUUGGAAAGAAUCUGGGUUUUGUAGUGCCCAUCAACGUGUUCAAGUGUUAGAAUCUAAGGUGAAAGAUGAACUUUUAGAGCCUACACAUUUUGCCGUGCAACAUGUGCUACGAGAGCUACUUGCUUGGGUAAAGAAGCUUUUGGAUAAGCUUUUGGAUGAUCUCAACGCAGAGAAGACCGACUUGGAGGUCUCAAUGGUCAUGUUGUAUUUGGAGUGGUCGCAGAAGAUUUGCGCUGUGGACGCGCUGCGCAGUAUUGUUUGUUAUGACAUAGUACAUUAUAAAAUUCUACAUCAGACUGACGCUUCAACGUCGCCACUAGAGUUUUUGUUGGAUUGCUUGGGCUGGAUGCCAGAGAAGCUUAUUGAAGCGGAGACAACUUUGUACUUACAAUUAUUGUACAAAAAUGAAUUUAAGGAUCAAUUCUUAAGUAUCCUAAGAGUGAAGUAUGAGAACAUGAUUUUCCUUGCUAUGGGUAAUUCACAAUAUAUGAAGAAUUACACGCACCUUGACACUAACUUAGACAGAGUAAUGGUGCAGUUAUUUAAUGAUCCAGUCUUUACAACUGAGCUCAUUCACAAAUACAGUUUACUCGAGUUAUUUAUUGGAGUCUUUCGCCGAGUAGUGGAUUGUGCUGCCGAAAACCCGAUAGACAAUAUUGUUGAUCACGAUGCUAUCAAAUGCAAGGUUUACCUCCGGCCUCAAGGUGAUUUGCGGUUGAUAGUGUCACACGAUGAUAUUGCGGUUCACAUUCUCACAAACGAACCAGAGCUUUUCCCACAUUUUCUCGGUUUACUCGUCAAGUUGCAGUGGAUGAAUUCAUAUGAUCUGUCAUAUGAUUACGACUUUGACAACUCGUGGACACUUGCGAUCCAAUUGGAGAUGAAUAGCAUGGCAAUAAUAUUCCAGUUGAUCUCACGUUGUUAUCAAUCUCCUCUAGUUAGGGAGGAAGCUCUCAUUACGGCAGCUACAUACACAUUCAAGGCCUUAAAGCAGUAUUUGGCACAGGCUAUGAACACAUCCAAAUCAGUUUCGCUGCACAUACCGCUUCACAGGGCAUUAAGUGCAAUUUUACAAAAGCUUGUGCUCUUACCAUGGGGGAAUUACGAGAGGGGUUUUCUCACUGCUCUGAAAGAAAAGGGUGCCUUCAAUUUUAGCGAAGAUGAGGUGCUGGCUCUCAUGGAUCAUCCUUUGGCCAUAUCCGUUUGGAUGGCUCAGAUUCGCGCGCAAAUGUGGCGAAGAGCAUCGGAGGAGUUUAGUCGUCUUGAGCUCAUUUACAGAGGGAGUUUCUGGCAUGACCAGUCAAUGGAUAUGGAUAUAUUACUUCUACAGUUCUGCACCGUUGCUUGUGAAAACUUGCAAGGAACUAUCUUUAUAAGGAUAGCGGAGCGAUUCAAUUUCAAGGACAUGACAACAUCUCGCACGAUUCCUAAGCUGCCAAUCCGCUAUAUUACGCUUCUGCAAGAUUUUAUGCGAUUAAUUUUGCUGAUUGUGCGUGAGCGGCGCAAUUUGGGUCGGACAGAAGAAGAUGAAGCACAAGAUAAAUGUCUUCAGUAUGAUGUCAUACAAUGGUUGUGUGUUCGUGAUCAGACUUACUCGCAGCUAUGUCGAGCAUUGAGUGCCAUCCCCAUGAAUCACCAGAAAUUGAAUGCGAUGUUGGAAAAAGUAGCUGUUUACCACGAGCCUAAGGUUGCUGAUCGCGGGUAUUAUCAACUGAAGCCUGAGUACUGGGAAGAGUUCGAUCCUUUGUUUCCUCACUACUAUCUCAAUGAGUUGGAGGAAGCCGAGGAUAGGGCUGUGAAAGUUGGGAAGUUGGACCAUUACUGGCGCAUUAAAGCACCAUCAGCUGCUGGUGCACCGUACGAUCGGCUUUCUGGUCUUCUGCAUACAAAGGCAUGUCAUCUGUUUCUGCUGAAUGUGCUGGAUGAGGUGAGAAAACUAGUUGGAAAGGAUGACACAGCAACAGCUGGUGAAGCUUUGGGUGUAACUGCUUUGCAAAUGAUGGCAGUUCUGGUUUCUGAUUCGUGUAACAAGUUCAGGGAUGCUGAUGCUAAGGUCCAGUUUCAGGAGCCUUUUGAUGAAUAUUCUACCGAUGACAUUUUCAUUAACAUCUAUGUGCGGAUUCGAAUACAAGGUGGACCUCAUCUUAGCAUCUUUCAGAUGCUGCAGGAGAUAGUCCAAGCUAAUCAGUGCACGCGCUUGGUGGAUUCUGUUCGCCAUGUUCUUGAACUCUUGUGUUCUUCGACCAAUGAGAAGACUCAUGCUGCUGAGGUUGAUUCUAAAGGUGCUGAAGAUAUGCAGCGCAGGCUACGGAAAGAACAGCGUCAGAAGGCAAUCCUUGAUGAGUUUGCUGCCAAACGAAAGGCUUUUAUGGAACUUCAGGAUGACUGUGAUGAUGACGAAGAAUUUGAAGAUGGUUCCGAGAUGGACGUCUCCAAUACUGUCGACGAAGCUUCGUCUUGUAAGACUGGGACUGUUUCUUCUUCCGGAGCUCUUGCAAAAUCUGUGGUUCCUAUUGCUGAGACUGAAUUUUUGUCUAUGGAGACGUCAUCUGAAGCUAAAGAAUGUGUUCUUUGCAAAAGGAAGAAGGAUGAUAAAAACUCUUCACCGUGCUGGAUUGCGUUAGUGCAACGGUAUAAUUUUCCGUGCCAAGUUCUGAAGAGAGCAGAAAAAGUAACUAACACUGGCGAAAAUACCCUUGUUAAUGACGGAUCUUCUCAUGGACUGGGUUUGAAUGGUGGCCUCGAUCAGUUGAUUACCGUGGGAUACAGCAUUGAAUCAGGAAAUGCAACUUCGAUUGAUUUAUCAACUGUAGACCAUGUUCAAUGUUGCGGUCAUCAGAUGCACUAUGAUUGCUUCAAAGGUCAUAUGAAGACUUUGCAGAUGAGCUAUCAUCCGGGAAAUGGUGUCGCGGAUCCUUCGAUUUCUGAGUUCUCGUGCCCAACUUGCCGGCGCUUAGCGAACAUUCUUCUGCCAGAUGUGGAUGCAUCCAUCUCAUCUAAAAGGAUCGACUUGCACGACGAUGUUAAAGGGGUGGCUGAAACAAGACAAGAGUGGAGCGGGUUUUGGCAAGCAAACAAUAAUCUCAAGAGCGCUAUGGAAUGCUUUUGUCAUCAGAUGUUGAAGGUUCGCAAGCAAUCUCCAAAUCUUCACUUAAACAUAUCAAGUGAAUUUACAAUUUCACAGGCUCUCUGGGAAGAACUUGCUCUGAAUGUUGUUCACUGCGAAGUGGAAACUAGAGAUGGCUUUACGAUGGCGGAAUCGUCGUCUUCAUCAUCGGCACCAAGUAAGAGAUCAGAGGAAUGUAUUUGGGGGGGGGAUUCCGCUCACUGGGUAGCCUUGCGAGAUCUCGGAAAGCUAGCCAUACUUUCCAACACCUUGCCAGAUGCAGUGCAAGACAAAGGCCAAUGGUUCAAUAUGCUGCGGCGUAGCCUUGGAUUGGUAGGCAGGAGAGAUAAACUGUCAGUCGCAGAUACAGCUACAGAGCCCUCACCUGUUUUGGAUGGGAUGGAUGAGCUUGAGAGGACCAUUCGGGAAAUAUUCCCUCAAAACCCACUUGAUUUUGUGGAAACUUCGGAGCUGCCGGAAUCGGUAGAUAUUUCCAUCGAUUCUUUUCACUGCCAGAAUGAGACUGCAGGAAUUCAAGAGGACUCAGGAUCUUCCCCUUUAUCAUGCCACCUAGACAUGCAGGAGGAAAGUGAAGAAGUGCUGAUCCAUACAAAUACAACUCAAAGUGAGCUCUAUGAGGAUAACAAAUAUAGUUCCUUUGUCGAACUUAAUCACGGCUAUACAUAUAGCAGUAGACCAGCCGCUCCAGAUCCUAUUGCCCCUGAUCCUCAACAAAAGCAUGUGAUCUCGUUUGAGGAUGCAAAAUUCGAAUAUGAAAUGAGAGAAGGAAACACGAUAGGUAAUUAUUCGAGUUGUCGCUCACUUCCAGAGCGAGAGGAAAGUAUCUUACCGGAACCUCAAGAUACCUGGAUGCAAGAUAUCUUGAAAAAUGGCAUCUUUACAACUGAUCCAUUCAGGCUGCUUAUCGUCCUCUUAAUCAUCUCCAAGGGACAACCCAGUAGACGCACUUUGCUUUUUAUGGUGAAGUUCGCGUAUACUCUGGCGGUUUUGCAGACACAAAUAGCAGUCACUAGGCUGGAUUGUGAAGGGUCUGAUGUGAAGAGCCUUGUUCAAAGAGCAUGUCUCCCAUUUCUACGCAGAGCUGCUAUUCUGGUGCAACUUGCUACUCGAGAGUACUUUAGGGGACAACAUGGAUUAUCAGGGACGAAGGCGAUGGACUUUCUCAGUUUACAGCUGGAAUUGCAACUUCCAGAUUGCGAUCUUAUUCUUCAACCUUAUGGAGCAACAGAAGCCUUGACAACUCAACUCUUAAGCCUAUAUCGUCGGAAUAGAUCCACGUUUGAGCUACGCAAAGUUCCUCGCAAGACGCUGCUUCACAAACUGCCUCGUGUAUUCCAGGAAUUGUUGUUGGAGAACAUUCACAACAAGAAGAAAUGUGCUGCUUGCGGGGAAAUGCCUACGGAUCCUGCAAUCUGCCUCAUUUGUGGAAUGCUUCUAUGCUGUGGGUCUGAUUGCUGCAGAAAGAAUGGGAUCGGAGAAUGUUCUCGACAUGCAGCAGCUGAAUCGGCUGGUGUAGGGAUAUUCUUGUUACUCCGAUCUACUCAACUCCUGCUGCUCCGGAAUAAUAGGACUUGCAUGGGGCUCUCUUUAUACCUAGAUGUCCACGGAGAGCCUGCGCAGGAAGAUUUGUAUUUGAGGAGAAGUCAAUUGUUGUAUCUGAGUGAUCUCCGUUUGAAUGAGGUCCGACGACUUUGGAUGACCGCAGCUUUUGACUACGACUCCUACAUACUACGAAAUUCUCAAUCCCGACCUAAAGUCUAUUAAUCUUAUUUUUUAUGCUACGUACCAAAAACAGUAGCAUUGUUCAUUCUGGUGGAUGAUGACGACCCAAUUGCGUCUAUUUUUUCCGGUCUAACCCAAUGAGACUUAACAUGUAUAUUGCGAGAUCUUACCUGUUAAUGGCUUCUGGCUGGGGUCGUAGGUCUUUGCCUUGAGGUGAAGUCAGAAUGAAGAAUUCCGGUUACUCUCUCUGAAACGAAGGUUAGUGAUCGGGAAACCAUUUUUCUAGAGUAUAGCCCCUGGUCUGACAAAUCCCCAUAGGUUUCAAGUGAUCCCCUCCCUUUAAUCAUUUAUUGAAUUGCGCAAAUGCAGUCACAUAGUUUUGCAGCCAGAAUUUAGAAGGCUCAGCAGCAAAUGGGUGGCAAACCUCGUUUUUGCCUCACCAAUUUCAUUUGUGACGCACUCAUAUGUGUGGAAGUGGUGUGACUAACAGCCAUCAUGUAGGAUUGCGGUGGGGUUUAGUUCAACUUCUGGCACUCAUUUGGACGUGAGCCAACAAGAGCUUGUGUAGGAUUAUGGAAGUGCAACUCGCAGUUAUCAAUCAUCUUUGCUCAUUGCAAUCAUCACAAGUGCUAGCGCAAUGCCUUAAGAGAUAAUUUGUAAAUUGCUUGAAUUGGUAUCAUUGUAGUAUAAGUAAUUUUUUUCUUAGAUAUACUCAGCGCCAAGAGGCGUUAAGGUGCUCAAAUGUGAGAAAGUUUAAAUGUAAGAAAAUGCGAAGACUAUGCAAUAAGAACAUGACCAAUGCUGAACAGUACAUGGGAAUUGACCUCA